CCAAACAUCCUUUACCCGAAGACCCUACCAAAUUGCAUAAAGAAACAAUAGCAGAACUUCCAAAAGUAAACUUUUCACUCCGAAACAACAUAUACUUAAUGGAAGUAUUACAAGUAUUGCACAAAUGGUACGACUUUGACUUUUUGCCAAUUGAAUACUAUUGUUCAAAAGAACCAUUACUACAAAAUUUCAUCAACCUAAGAGAUAAACUCUUAU